ACACAGUGAGUUUCACUUCUCUGUUUCAGUCUGCGAGGUGGCUGAGCUUUUGAGUGCUCUGUCCACCAAUAUGGCGGCCCGCGCAAACCAGGAUCGCGAGGCCGCCCUCCUCCCCGCCCGCGUACGCCCAUCGCUCCCUAACCUCGCCUCUACUCCUGCGGGCGUGGGCGCCUCCGCUCUCUCCACCACCAUCCACGUCACCGAGAACCCCCUGGCCGCGCCUUCCACCAAGACGCACAAGGGCAAGGCUGACAGCAAGUUACCUCCGCUCACCACCACCACCAACGCCUCUAUCACCACCACUACCGUCAACGCCACCUCCAAUUCCACCUCCAACGAUGCCUCCCCGAACUCUGACUCCAAGCCCAAUCUCCCCUUGUCCGAUUCGUCUCGCCCCGACGUGACGCAAUGUGAUCAGAGCAAGGCUACAGCCACCACCCUGCCGCCCACCGCCCUGCCGCCCACCGUCCUGCCGCCCACCACCUCGCCCAACUCCGACCCGCCGCCACCCUACCAGCUCGCCAGCGACAAAGUCCCCCAGUGCCCGAAGUGGACGGAGAACGAGCCGGAGCGGGACACCUGGGGCAAGAAGGUGGAGUUCCUGCUGGCCGUGGUGGGCUUCGCUGUCGACCUCGGCAACGUCUGGAGGUUCCCCUACAUCUGUUACCAGAACGGCGGAGGGGCCUUCCUGGUGCCGUACGUGAUCAUGCUGGUGUUUGGGGGACUUCCACUGUUCUUCAUGGAGCUGGCGCUUGGUCAGUACCACCGUAGUGGCUGUCUCACUGUCUGGCGUCGCAUCUGUCCCAUGCUCAAAGGCAUCGGGUACGCCAUCUGCAUCAUCGACCUGUACAUGGCUAUGUACUACAACACCAUCCUGGCGUGGAGCGUGUACUACCUGGUGGCCUCCUUCGGGAGCGAGCUGCCCUGGACCUCGUGUGACAACGACUGGAACACCCCAAACUGUACCCUCACUGCCAACGUCCACAACGCCACUGACAAGUCCUCCACCGUCUCCCCUGCCAAGGAGUUCUUCAGGAAGGAGGUGCUGGAGGUCGACAAGUCAACGGGACUCGGGGACCUCGGGCCGGUCAAGGGCUCCCUGGCUCUCUGCCUCUUCUCAGUCUUCGUCCUCGUCUACUUCUCCCUCUGGAAGGGAGUCAAGUCUAGUGGAAAGGCAGUGUGGGUGACGGCGCUGAUGCCGUACGUGGUGCUGCUGAUCCUGCUGGUGCGAGGCGUCACCCUGCCGGGGGCCACCAGCGGCAUCCUCUACUACCUCACUCCGCGCUUCCAAAUGCUCGAUAAACCCAAGGUCUGGGUCGACGCCGCCACCCAGAUCUUCUUCAGUCUGGGACCUGGUUUUGGCACCCUGCUGGCCCUCUCCUCCUACAACAAGUUCCACAAUAACUGCUACAGGGACGCGCUGCUGACCUCCUCCAUCAACUGUCUGACCAGCUUCUUAGCGGGGUUCGUGAUCUUCUCAGUCUUGGGCUACAUGGCACACGUCCAGAACAAGGACAUCUCUGAGGUCGGCGAGGAAGGUCCCGGGCUGGUGUUCACGGUGUAUCCUGAAGCCAUAGCCACAAUGACCGGUUCAGUCUUCUGGUCCAUCAUCUUCUUCCUUAUGCUCAUUACGCUCGGUCUGGACAGCACCUUCGGGGGCCUGGAGGCGAUGAUCACCGGCCUCUGUGAUGAGUACCCUCGCCUCCUAGGUCGCCACAGGGAGAUCUUCGUGCUGUGUCUCCUCAUCUUCAUCUACGUCUGCGCCCUGCCCACCACCACCUACGGCGGCAUGUACAUCGUGGACCUGCUGAACAUCUUCGGAACAGGGAACCCCAUCUUGUUCAUUGUGUUCGUGGAAGCGACGGCUGUCUGCUGGUUCUACGGCGCCGAGCGGUUCGCCGACGAUAUCGAGAAGAUGCUGGGGUUCCGUCCCGGGCGGUUCUGGAUCGUCUGCUGGAAGUUCAUCUCCCCGACUUUCAUCUUCGUGCUGUUCGUGUGCUCGUUUGCGCUGGGUGACGGGGCGGCGUACCUCAACCUCCCGCCGUGGGCUGUGGUCUUGGCCUGGGUCCUCACCUGCUCCUCCAUCGUCUGCAUCCCUCUCUACAUCAUCUACAUGUUCAUCAUCACCCCGGGCACCUUCAAGGAGCGCAUCAAAGCCAUGAUCAAGCCUGAGGAGUACAACCCACCACAGCUCAGCCAGAUCAACUCCAAUUACGGAACACAUGUUUAAGUCCCCCCACCACCAUCACCACCAUCACCAUGCACCAUAAGACUCGUCUCAAUCUCAACAAUGGAACACACACCUGUUUCAGUCUCCCACCACCAUAACCUUCCUCCCUAUCCCCACUACUAUCACAAAUUUUGAUGUCUCAAUUCGAUAUGGUUAGGUAUAAAUAGGAGCGGUGCGUAUGGGGGCAAUUUUACGGGCUAUUCAUGCCCGUGCCACCUCUUAUGUGGCUUAAUCGUCAUCAAUCAAUGGGGCAAUAGGCAUUCAACAAUUUACGUUAUCCUCAUGUGGCCCUAUCCGUGGUAGAGCACACUAACAGAGCCUAUGUAUAGGCUUUAACACAUCCUGGAAGGCUAAAUAUUUAAGUUAUGUGUACAACUGCGGUCCAGUGUUGACCAGCAUAAUACCAUACACAAAAUGAUGAGCCAUCAAAAGACGCUAUACUCCUUGGAAGGUGAAUUGAGUCAAUUUCUAAUAAUCAACAAAUAACUUAACCCAAACAUGUGUGAAGAAACUGAAGACAUUUCGAUCCGUCCGUAAUCAGGUCGGGGUCCUAAAACGGGACGAAACGUCACCUUCCCUUCUUGUCACGUGUGUGGGGUGGUGUCCAACCACACUAUUGUGACCUAAUAACUCUUCCAGUGAUAAGUGUGCUUCUCUUCUACGGACCCCACCACCAUCCCCUCUCUUCCCACCCAAACACUUUAUGAUCCUCUUGUUGAGACAAACGUGGUGUAAUGUGAUACCUCCCAGCCCCAGACUGUCAUGUUAUCCACCCAAAACGGUUAUCUCCUCUCCUGUGGGAUGUAUCCUAGGGAAUGUCAACCUUGGCACGCCUCUAUAAGCCUAAAAAGGCUUCCUGUCCCAGACUAUUUAUUUAUUUAUAUGCAGGCGAUGAGUCACAAUAACGUGGCUGAAGUAUGUUGACCAGACACACACUAG